GCCAAGAAGUAUACCUCCGACCACGAGUGGAUCUCAGUUGAAGGCAACAUUGGUACUAUUGGUAUUACUGACUAUGCCCAGAAGGCCCUUGGUGAUGUCGUCUUUGUCGAAACCCCUGCUGUCGGUGACUUGGUUGAGAAGGAGGCCCAGAUUGGUGCCGUUGAGUCUGUCAAGGCUGCCAGUGAUAUCUACUCUCCCGUCAACGGUGAAGUUGUUGAUGUCAACGAGAAGCUCGGUAGCGAGCCUUCUUUGAUCAACGAAAGCCCCGAAGAAGAUGGUUGGUUCGCAAAGAUCAAGCUCGACAACCUCGAACAGAUCGAGGGUCUUAUGGAUGCCAAGGCUUAUGCUGCUCACUGUGAUGCUUCUGAUGAAGAGCAUUAA